AUGGAAACAACAACUAUGCAUGACUUUAUGGUUUCAUUACAGAAACAUAUUAAUGAGGCAUUGAUAAGUGAUGAAGAAGAUGGAUGUCCAUUAAAUGGUAUUCUUAUUACAACAAACCAAUGUUUAAAUUGUAAUAUUGAAUGGACACAAUCUGCAUCACCGUUUUUUAUUACUAUAGAAAAGAAUAUUGAUAUUCAAAUUGACUCAGUUCAGAAAGCAAUUAUUUCAUUCUUAGAGGCUCAUUAUUGUUCAAGAAAACAGUGUGGAGUAUGUAAUAAAGAUUUAAUGGUAAUUAAUGAAUAUUUAUUUGCACCAAAAAUCUUGUGUGUUGAACUUGCUCAUUUAGAUGUUCCUUUAAACCUUGGGAAAUCCAUUGUUGUUAAUGGAAUGGAAUAUGAUUGUAUUGCUGCGAUUUACAAGAGGAAUAAUGUCUUAUAUUCUACUAGGCUGUCAAGUACAAAUGAAUGGAUAUAUUCUGAUCCAUCAAUUGGUGAGUUAUUACAAUCAGAUGAUAUUCAAUUUACCUUCUUUAGACAAAAACCAAGUUAUUUGCAUGACCUGUGA